CUCGCGUGCGGCAAAGAUGUCCGCUACUGUACCUCGCUGACGUCCAAUAUACCACAUUACAAUCUCUGGGAAAAGCUCCCACGUUCUGCCACCCGAUUUCCCGUACUACCUGUUUUUGAUUCCCAAGACUAUGGGUCUCCGGAAUACAAUUAGAAAUCUGCGACCGGAAAGUCCCGGCAUCGAGCUGCAGCACAGGAGUCCCAGGAGCGGUUGCCAGCACAACCAGGUGGCCGCCGUCCAGGUCACCGAACAGUCGCUACAGGUAUGGCGCGCACUGCCCGCCGAAAUACGCCACGAUCCCAGCAUGGCCAGUUUUCAAAUGGAGAACGAACGCAUCCAUGGUUCCUCCGCAGGAGCCACUGACGACGAGGAUGAGGACGAAUAUGAUGAGGUGGACAUAAAGAAUGUCAAUCGAAUUCAGGACGAGCCAGGAUCUAGUUAUGCUGGCUCCGACUUCCUGGAUAUCAAGACCCGUCCGGGUGAUGAGAAUGCCACCGAUGACGAGGCCACCACCCAUUCCGACCAUGAACCGACCAAUGGACCGGGCAAUGCCAAGUCCCAGGCCCGCCGGAUCCAUCACAAAUCCAAGCGCUCCAAGGAGCAGCGACAACGGGACAAAUUGUGGAAACGGGGUGGCCUGCUCCUCUUCUGGUUGCUGGCUGCCGUGGUGCUGAUCUCGGUGGGUGAGAAGCAUCUGCUGGAGAAGACCAUCGAUGUGCCGCAGGGCGAGCAGGGAAAGUAUUUUAGGCUGAACCAAAAACCCACGGGUGACUUUCGUUUGAAGAUCCAUGGGGCUUUUAGGGAGCUCUCCACGCUGGAUGCCCCUGAAAAUGAGACUUUGAGCUUUGGAUUUCUGACUGUGCAGCCGCAGGUGUUUACUUACAUUGGCGAGAAUCGCAGCAAGGUGUUCCAGGAUGUUCUUCCAGCUUGGCGUCUGCCUCUGCUCUCCGAAGAGGAGUUAGUUCGUUCUCCGGCCUCGGCCAGUAAUCGCACCUACCAGAUGACCCAGGAACUCAAUGAUAUCCUGGACGAGAAGGACAGCGAGUUCCGUUUACAUAUCCACAGCGAUGUGGAUACGGAUUUGGCGAUUAUUCUCAACUACAAUCCCUUGAUAGUAAAUGCCAGGACGGGCAGUAUCCUAGCUGGUCUGAUCCUGCUGAUUUUCUAUGCCCUGCUGGUUUGGGAACUGUUUGAGAGAACCUUUGUGGCCAUGGUCUGUUCGAUUCUUUCGGUGACCGCUCUAGCCUGUUUUAAUGAUCGCCCUAAUAUGGAUGAGAUUAUCCAAUGGAUGGACAUGGAGCUACUGACUCUACUCUUUUGCAUGAUGCUGCUUAUUUUAAUACUGACGGAAACUGGCGUUUUCGACUACUUAGCUGUAUUUUGCUUUGAGAUUUCGGGUGGCAAGAUUUGGCCCAUGAUAUAUAGUCUGUGUUUGGUCACCUGUUUGGUCUCCAGUGUGCUGGACAAUAUGACAACUGUCCUACUUCUAACCCCAGUGGCCAUCCGUUUGUGCGAGGUGAUGCAGUUGGAUCCCUUGCCCGCGGUAAUGGGCAUUAUAGUUCAUGCCAAUAUAGGAGGAGCCCUAACGCCCAUUGGAGAUCCUAUCAGUAUUAUAGUCAGCACUAAUCACUUCAUUGUGGAUAAUGAUGUAACCUUCCCCACCUUUGUUGCCCACACUUUCCCCGGUGUCGUGCUUGCUGUUAUCCAAAGUUGUGUAUAUCUACGCCUUUUCUAUCAUAAUAUUGAUGCACUGCGUCUUAAUGAGCCCAAGGAGAUGAGUGAACUUAGAAGGGAGAUGAAGGUGUGGCAGAGGGCCUUAAAUGCAGUGGGCUCCUGUUCCAAGGAUGCCCAGUUGGUAAGGGGAACGCUUCAGGGUAAAGUCAAGCAGCUCAAGAGGACUCUAAGAAGAUUGCAAAAGGGUGUGGGAUCCUCGGAGGUCUAUACGAACACAUUGGAUGAACUCAAACAGAAGUACCCCAUCAAAAACAAGACGCUGCUCUUGCAAUCCGCUGGAGCCUUGAUCUUCGUUAUAAUCUGCUUCUUUAUCCAAUCCGUGCCACAUUGGAGGACCCUGCCCCUCGGCUGGGUGGCUCUGCUUGGGAUGAUCCUGCUGCUGAUCAUCCUGAAUCGCGAUGACAUGGAGCACCUGAUGCACCGCAUCGAAUGGACUACACUACUCUUCUUUGCAGCCAUGUUCGUGAUGAUGGAGUGCGUGGAGCGGCUGGGCAUCUUCUCGUGCAUCGGUGAGCUCACCGAGCAUGUGAUUCUUUCGGUGGGCAAGAAUCAUCGCCUGGCCAUGGCCAUCUUUAUGAUACUGUGGAUGUCGGCGCUGGCAUCCUCUAUAUUGGAUAGUAUUCCGGUGGCCGCCAUGAUGGUGAAGUUGGUCACCUCACUGGUGGCCAAGCCUUCGCUGGGUUUGCCACUCCAGCCACUGGUUUGGGCUCUCACCCUGGGCGCUUCGAUGGGUGGGAAUGGAACGCUCUAUGGAGCAUCGGCCAAUGUCAUUGCAGCCGGAAUUGCCGAGCAACACGGCUAUAAGCUCUCAUUCACCCGGUACUUGAGGACUGUUUUUCCCAUGAUGCUGGGACAGAUCACCCUGAUGACUGUCUAUCUACUCGUGGCCCACGUUAUAUUUGAGUGGCAUUGAAACUCCCUCCGUAUUAAAUACCCCCAGUCCCUAUUUAAAAUAAUAUAUUAUUAUAUCUAAUGGAAAAUGUUUUUUCACCUCGAAUCUAUGUGUAUUUUGUGUGAGUUUUACUGUAGACGUGGUCCUUUUACAUUCGCCUCUUGAUGUGUUUAAUGUAUUUUGGAAUAUAUUAUAGGAAUCUCUA